AUGCCUGAGGGUAAGGGCCAGGUCAAGUAUGCAGUUGUAGUUGUGGACUACUUCACCAAGUGGGCUGAAGCGAAAGCCUUAGCUAUCAUCACUGCAGCUUGCAUCGAAAUGUUCAUUUGGCAGAAUAUCGUAUGUUGCUUCGGCAUCCCCCACACCAUCGUCACAGACAAUGGUCAGCAAUUUGACAGUGCAAAGUUCAAGCAAUUUUGUUACAACCUCAAGAUACGUCUUUGCUUUCCCUCCCCAGCUGAUCCUCAGUCCAAUAGCCAGGUCGAAGCUGUGAACAAAAUCAUCAAGAAGACCUUGAAGACCAAACUUGACAAAGCCAAGGGUUGCUGGCCAGAGCUACUCCCAGAGGUUCUCUGGUCCUACCGAACCACCUUCCGUACUUCCACAAGAGAAACACCGUUCUCUCUUUCCUUUGGUACCGAAGCCAUGGCAUCAGUGGAGAUUGGCAAGCCCACAUACCGAACCUCUACUGGGUCAAGCGCAAAGUUUCCUUAG